AAACAUUUUGUUUCUAGGUUUAACGAGCAAGCUUCGAUUAUUAAUCAUGAGCAGCCACGAAGAAGCUAAUAAUUCAUCAAGUAAUAGUAAUAACGUAAGCUUUGAUGGUAAUAAUAAACCAUCAUCACCCGUUAAUCACAAACAUUCAGGAACAUUUAAUAAUGAUAAUACUGAUAGUGUAGAUUCUGCCAGUGGACUUCGUCAUCGUAUUUUCGCAGGCAAUCUAGACUUUGGAACAACCAAAGAACAACUAUAUGAUGCCUUUUCAAAGUGCGGUAAGAUUGUGGAUGAAAUUCGUCUUCAUCCAGGUUAUGCUUUUAUUCAAUUCGAAAGCGAGCAAGCCUGUUCAAAGGCUAUUGCAACUCUUUCUGGAACACAAUUAUGUUCUAAACGCAUUGAUGUACAAAUGGCCAAAGGUCCAAAUAAUUCGCAAAAGAAUGUGAAUAGUAAUAAGAGAAAACUCGAUAGUAGAGAUCGCCAACAACCACCAUCUCGUAAUAAUAGUAGUAAUUUCAAUAAUAGUGGUGAUUCUAAGAAUGAUCGUUAUAGUAGAGGGGACCGAGACAAUAAGAAUAAGAAGCAAAAGAGAACACCACCACGAAAUUCACAACCUCCUCUUCAAAUGCCUUCUACUACAAUGAUGCCAACUUCGUCUCCUUAUUCAACUAAUUCUUCUGGUGUCACAUCUGUUCCAAUCUAUAUUCCAGAUCAAACUUUGGAACCAUUUGCAAACUUUGUUAUGCAAACUCUUAAAUCUGGAGGUCUUAUCUAUCAUAACGUUCACAUUCGUAAUACCAAUCAAGGGGAAUUGUUCUUUACAUCUCCACAAUUCCUUCAAUUGGUAUCCAAUGAAAGAUUCGUCAUUUACAUAGUGGCAAGACAUGAAAUAGCUAGGAAUAUCGUGUCAUUUAAGGCUCUUAUGCCUGAUGGUACUUCUCCAGGUUUCGCUGAUACAAUGAUUACUGAUAUCUGUUCGUUUAUUCUUAAUGCUCCUCCACCUCCUGUUCCAGUAUCUAAUGUCUACCAACAAUAUUCAAUGCAAUAUCCUGUUGUUCCUCCAACAAGCACUCCUCAACCUUCUCUCAAUAUUCCAGGAUUAUCUUUCGGAUAUAAUCCACCUCAACAACCUUCUCAAAAUUACAACAACAAUAGACCUGCAAAUCAAGGAGGAAAUUACGGAAAUAGAGACAAUAGAUCCUCAUACAAUAACAAUAAUAAUAGAAAUAACAAUAGUAGAAAUGAUAGAGGUGGUAAUAACAGCAAUAGAAAUGAUAGAAGAGAUGAUGAUCGUCGUGGAAAUAACAAUAAUAGAUCAAAUAAUUACAAUCGUGGUGGAAAUAAUAAUAACAAUUACCAGAGGGAUUCUGGAUCCAACAGUGAUAACAAUGAAGUACAAGGUCUUAUCAUUAAAUUGUUGGACACCAUCAACAAGAAACCAUCUAGCUCAUCUAAUUCUUCCAUUCUCCUUUCUGAGUCUGCUAAUUCAACAACAGGUAAUGAUGACUAUAGCAGCCCUUCUGAUCACCAUUAUCAAUAAUUCGAACCAUCUCUUUUUAUUCCACAUUUAAACCCUAAAGUUGUAAAUAAAUUAUUCAAAUAAAAC